UUUUAUCAAAUUCGUGAUAAGUCAGCAUUUUUUGUAAAAAUACAAAAUCUGGAUAUCAUUCAAGUUUCUGAGUUAAAUGUGUCUGUAUAAAGCGUUUCUUUAAAUACCUUAUUCAUAAUAAUUAUGUUAUUAACAUUUACAUUGUCUUUAAGUUAAUCAAAUAGUGAGCAAGCAACGAUGUCGGAUCCAAAUAAUCCAUUUGCUGGAUUAUUAGGAAUACCUGAAACCAAACCAGCAAAUACUACAGAAUACAACGAGGGUAACGCAACUUUACGUAUAGCAUCCAAGAACACUCAAGAGGACGAAGAGGCUGAGACUAUAAACAACAUAGUUGAGAAUGUUUUCCACUUCACGAUAAACUCGAAUGCUCUGGAAAGGUGUCCAACUACAGAGAGACAACUGGUUGUUUUGGAAGAGCUAUCAGAAGCUGUCAAACCUCGUAUACACAUUGACCUAGAGGCCUUAGAACAAGCGCUCUUUGAAAGAUUGCUGUUACCUAACCCUGAAAGUUAUGUUAUACCAAAAACAUGUCGAAUGUUCAAAGAUCACGUAAUUCAAAGACAAGUUUUUCCGUAUUUAUUUAGUUCGAUGCAAAACCUGCAGAGUUAUGAUCAAGUCAGUACCCCGUAUGUGAAGACUGCUUUACAGAAAAUGAGAGAGUUAAUAUUCAGGAAUGCCGUGACAGCUCUGAAGCAACCGGCUUUGUUUGAAGACCAGAAUUUUGGGGUACAACUUGUGGAACUCUUGCAGCAUGUUGAUCCACAAAGCCACACAUUUUUUGUAGACAUUGUAGAAGCUUUUGUUGCAGACAAGGACGAUAAUGUAAUGGUCCAGCUCAAAGAAUCCAUGAUUCCAGUAUUAGAAAAGAUUCAGUUUGAUGUCAAUAAGUCUAAUCUUAUUAACCUACCUAUUUAUAUUUUACCGUCUAUACAAAUAUUUGCCAGUAAUUCAAAUUUGGCUCUAAUUCUGAUGGAAGCCUGCGAACCAAAGAAAGAUUCCAUGGGGCGACUGUAUCAAGAGUCGGUGCUUGGUGCCUUAUUAAGCUUAUCAGUUUUACCAAAGACUGCCACAUCACUUCAUGAAUUCUUCGACAACCCAAUGGACCAGUCAGCUACAUCAAUGAUGGAGUCAUCAAUUUGGAAUGCCUCAUCCCACCUAAUAAACAAUUUGCACCGGAUAUUUCUAACCCUCCUGAAAGCUGGACCCCAAAUGAGGAACCGUCUACUUACAUGGAUAGGAAAGUGCUUGAAGAGUAAUGCAGCUAGAGGAAAGCUUUGGAAUGUUCAAGCAGGAGAAGUAAGUGCAGCGACAAUGAGCUGUGUAUCGGACGGAUUUAUGCUGAACCUGGGUGCUGUUCUGCUUCAGUUGUGCCAGCCAUUUUGCGUCUCAGCCGAUGACCCUAAGUCACUGAAAAUUGAUCCCACUUAUGGAGCAGUUCCGCCAGAGGAAUGUGCAGCAAAGUCAGUACACUUGGACUGCCUGCACAGUGAGACGUGCCUACUGCCUGCCCGCGAAGGGGAAGACGGCCAAUCGCUAAAGCGGCCCACAGCUGAAAUGUACAACUUUGUUACGGAGUGCUUUUUUAUGACACAGAAGUGCAUUGACUUAGGCGUCCGCGUUUGCGCGGAGAAGCUAUGGCGCUGCGGACAAGACCUGGGCCGCGCUCAGCGCGCCUUAUCCGAUGUAGCCGCAAGCGCACAUCACUUGGUGGAGCCGAUGCGCCAGCGCUCCCUCCAUCUCAUGACUAAAUUCUUGAGCAUGCGCUGUGCUCUCCUCGAGAACGACAUGCUAACAAGCUUGAACCGCUUGCAAGCGAUGACGUGUACGUGGCUGGUGCAAGUGGCGGUCAGACCGGACCCGCCCGCGCCGCAGCCCAGCUACGCGCCGGGCGUCGUCGUUAAAGUUGAGAUGCCGGUGGCUUCUCCACCACCUGAUACCCUAAGGUGCAUUCCAGAGUUCGUGCUUGAGAACAUAGUGGUGUUGAUAACGAUGGCGCGGCGCACGGUCGGCGCCAUAGCUGAAGAGGCCGAGAUAGCCGGCCUGCUGGAGCCGGCUUUGACCCUCGUGUUGCUGUUCAUGGGUGAUUCAUCUCGAACCUACAAUCCACAUCUAAGGGCCCGACUUGCAGAAUGCUUGGAGGCUAUGUUACCAAACCACCCCGAUGACCAGCAGCCACUUAGCAGCUUAGCUUCGUUCUACAGGGAACAGCUCUUCAAAGAACAUCCGCAUAGAGCACAGCUGGUGCCAUGUUUGCUGGAUGUCUUCGUGGGCAUUGAAAUGACUGGCCAAAGCGUUCAGUUCGAGCAGAAGUUCAACUACCGCCGCCCCAUGUAUCUUGUUAUGGACUUCCUUUGGGGCAUGGAAGAGCACCGUGAUGCUUUUACGCGUCUAGCCAAAGAGGCAGAAUCCAAUAUGGAGGCCGUCCACCCGCCGAUAUUCCUGCGCUUCGUGAACCUGCUGAUGAACGACGCCAUCUUCCUAUUGGACGAGGCUCUAGGAAACAUGGCCCAGAUUCGCACAAUGCAGACCGCCCAAGAAUCAGGCGCCUGGAACGACUUACCUAACAAUGAGCGCGAGCAGAAUCUAGGCAAUUUAUCCCACAUCGGGAUGUUGGCUCGAUUCGACAACAUCCUAGGACGCGACACCAUCCGCACACUAGUCCGGUUGACGGCUCACGCGCCUUACGUGUUCUGUCACCCGACGUUGGUCGAGAGAAUCGCUUCUAUGCUCAACUACUUCUUGUUGCAUCUCGUGGGACCCAAUAAGAAGAAUUUCAAGGUGAAAGACAUGAAAGAGUACGAGUUCGAGCCGGCCAGCACUGUUCUGGACAUCUGCCGCAUGUACGUGCAGCUGGGCAGCAACGAGCGCUUCUGCGCCGCCGUGUCCGACGACGGCCGCUCCUACUCGCCGCAGCUCUUCACGCUGGCCGAGGCCGUGCUGGUCCGUAUCGGCGGCGGGGGUCUCAUAGGCUCCCUGCAAGAGGUAGCGACUCGCGUGGGCAGACUUGCAGAACAGAGGCAGCGCGACGAAGAGAUCCUGGCCAACGCCCCCGAGGAGUUCCUUGACCCUAUCAUGAGCACUAUCAUGAUGGACCCCGUGGUCCUGCCCAGCUCUAGGACCACCGUAGACAGGACCACCAUUGCUAGACAUCUUCUCAGCGACCAGUCGGAUCCCUUCAACCGUUCUCCGCUGUCCAUGGACCAAGUGAAAUCCAACACAGAACUAAAAGAAAAAAUUCAAGCAUGGAUCGCAGAACAAAAGCAAAAAAUUGCUCAAGCUGAAACCAGUAAUGGAUAAGCAAGCUGUACAAGACUAUAAUAUAUCUAAGUACUAGGCAAGCUAGUAUGGAUAUAGAUAUAUUGUGUAGUGUAGAUUUCAUACAGAGCGUGGUGGCUCUUUUAUGCGUAGAGCACUCUUUGAUGCAUGAUGAAUGUAAUGGGUUUAUGGUGCCGAAUCAUUUUUACGACAAAGGCAACAACUUAGUGUGGAUUUUGUAUCUAAUAAAACUUUUAGAUUUAGUAUAUCACACCUAUAAACAAUAGUUCCACUUUUAUACAUAUAAAUAAAUCUAAGAAAUGUGAUGACUUAUUUGCUUCCUUUUUGUGAUGUAUAAUUUGAUAUUUAUAAAUUUCAACCUUCAUUUUAUACUAAAAGUGUUAAGAUACCUGUGGAUUCUUUUAGUAUCUUGAUACACACAUCUAGU